AUGCUGAAGCUCAGCCUGAUUGCCUGGCUGUUGUGCUCGCUAACAUGGCGCACAACGCCCACCAGCUGCCGUCAGACGCGAACGGCGCCCAGCAUACAGGAGUUGCUGGCUAAUCAACUACAGAGCUACAUGGACACCAAGGCGCGUCCGUGCGAAAAUUUUUAUCAGUAUGCCUGCGGUAAUUGGCAGUUGCAGCAGGAGGAGCACACACAGCACACACCACAUUCACAACAUCAGCAACAACAACAACAACAACAGCAGGAACAACAGGAGCAGAUACAGCCAAGCGAUACAUUGGCUGUGCUAGAUUAUGCUCUGAAUCGUCAGCUGGAGCAACUGCUGCGACGUGCGGGUAGCAAUGAGAGCAGUACGGAGGAGCAGCAGCAGCUGCCUCAGCUGGCGGUCCAGGAGCAAAUGCGUAACUAUUAUCGCGCCUGCAAGCGCCUGAAGCCGUACAAUCUGAAAAAGUAUUUGCAACUGCUGCAACCGGGUAACGGGACAAACUGGCCACUGCUUAGUCGCAGUUGGCAGCCGGAGAAGUUCAACUGGCUGGCGACAAUUGGACGCUUGCGCUUGUACGGUCUCAAUGGGGUGCUGCUCAAAGAGCAGGUGCUGCCGCGUUGGGAUGACUCCAGUAGCUAUAGCCUUUAUCUGGAUAAGCCCAGCCUGAUGGAGACGGCGCCAAUGGGCGAAGGUGCCAUGAUAGAGCUACUUCUGGACAUUGGACAGACGAAACGUGUGGCCAAUGAGCUGGCCCGGCAAGUGGAUAGCUUUGAGCGGCAGUUGCAUCGACUGCACGAGCUGGAGGAUGACGAGGGUCCCAAAGAGAUGCAAUUGGGCUAUUUGGCAGAGUUUAUGCCGCAACUGCAAUGGCUGACAUACAUGCAACAGUUGCACGCCACUGCAACAAACGGCAACGAACUGGAUCUCCUCUCCACGCUCAUCAUCCAAAAUUUACCCUAUAUGCGCGCCUUGGAUGAGCUGCUGCAGCGCCACAAACCGGAAGCAAUUUGCAAUUAUAUAAUGCUCAAGUUGCUUGCCUUUCUCAAACAGCAGGGUCCAGCGGAAAUAUCCCGUGUUGAGUGCAUGGCCAGCCUGAGGCGUGCCAUGCCACUCGCUGCGAGUUGGCUAAUUGGCCAGCGAUUCCACGAGUCCAGCUUUGAGCCGCUGGUGAAUGAUUUGUUUAAUCGGCUCAAGCAGCAUUUUGAUGAGCUGCUCAUGGCGAAUCGGCUGCAAUUGCAGCAGCCCAUUGUGCAGGUGUUGCGCGAGAAGUUGCAAGCAAUGCGUUUGCAAUUGGGCUACGUUCAGCUGAAUGAUUCCAGCUAUGUGGAGGAUUACUAUGAGGGGAUACAGUUAAAUGCGCACAGCUUCUAUGGGAAUCAGCUGGCGCUGCUGCGACAGCGCGUCGAACGGAAUCAUCAGCUGCUGCUUGAAGGUGGUGAGUCAGAUGCGAAUAAUGUGAGCUACCUGAUGGAGCAUUGGUUGAGCAGCAGCUCAUCACCGUUCUAUGUGAAGCCAAGGAAUCUGGUAUUGGUGCCCUAUGGCCUACUGCAGCUACCCAUUUGGCAUCGCAACAUGAGCGAAUUGCAGCAGCAUGCGACGCUGGGAUUUGCAUUGGCCCAUGAGCUAAUCCAUGGAUUCGAUAGCUCGGGCAUUGAUUACGACAGCGUCGGUAAUGUUAUGGGUCCUAGCGAAGAGAUAACGGCUAAUGCACGCUUUGUCCAGGGUCUCAAUUGCAUGCAACAGCAGCUGGCUACCGGCUCCAGAUCCCUCAACGAGAAGCUGGCCGACUAUGAGGCUCUGCGUCUGGUUUAUGAAACAUUUUUUGGCGAGGAUAUGCUAAUUGAGCGGCGAGAACCACGUGAUCCUCUGCUGCCACAGUUCAGCCAACGCCAGCGUUUCUUCAUCAGCUUUGCGCAGUUCUUCUGUGGCAAGUUGCAGAGUCUCAGCUUACAUGCCCAACAUCUGGAGCAUGCUGUCGAUGAGUUACGGGUGCUGCAAACCCUGGCCAACUUUGAGGAGUUCGCCCGUGAAUUUGGUUGCGAGAGACGCAACAAGAUGCAAGCAAAACAAAAAUGCAGAGUGUGGUAAGCUGUCAGACCAGGCAAUAAGCUAAGAAAAAUAAUAUAUGAUGGAAAAUAAUCUAGUAUUUAAUUAAGAAGAGUGUGUGAGGCUAUCUAAAGAUACGGUGAAAUUAAUGACAAAGAUAAUGUUAUAAACAAUGUUAAGAAAUUAUAAAAUAUUUGUUAAAAAUAAUGUAUUUUACGUAAAAUAGUUCCUU